UAUUUACGGCAGUUCCAUCCAACAUGGUUCCAACGUUUAGAAGAAAAUAAAAAUGUGUUUUUUAAAAUCUAAAGAAAAAAAGUUUUGAAAAUGGAGUUGGACGAUGAAAUUAAGAAAGAAGCCUGCAGUGGUUUAAGAAAAGAACUCAAAGAUUGUUUAAUGUCCAGCGAAUGUGUUAUAAAGUAUGGUCACACUCCUAAGAAUUGUCUUUCUAAUGAAGCGCCAGGGGUGACAAAUGAAUGUAGAUUAACACAGCAAGCAUUUUUUGAAUGCAAGCGAUCAUUGCUGGAUUUCAGGAAUCGCUUCAGGGGAAGGAAAGGAUACUAAAUUUUGUGAACAAAAACGGUUCUCACAGUCACAGAAUUUUACACAAUUAACUGCACAAUUUAUGCAGUUACUAGACAGCGUGAUUAUCCACGAAAAUUCACAUAAUUAUUAUUACUGGCAUAUUCUACCCAAUCAUUUAGUCCUGCUAUGUAAAAUUAAAUUUUUCUGUGCUAAUUCACUUUAAAAGCAAUAGAUUUCUAAAGAAAUUACCAACAUCAUAAUGUUCUGAAAUUUACGUUGCAGGAUUAAAAUUUUAUGGGUAGCUAAUAGCUACAAUACUGAA